AUGGGACAAUUUCUUUCACGUUUUGGUAUUCGUUUGGGUACACGUAUAAAUGAGAAUGAAAUAAAUCGUAUUCCAAUUCAUCAUAAAUGCCGUAAUUGUGGUCAAGGAUGUGAUCCAACAAAAUCAACUAAUACAUGUGUUAAUGCUAAAUUUACUCGUACAGGCACAAAAGAUCAAGUAUCAAUAAUACGACCAAUUAUACCAAAUGAUAAAGUACGAUGGUCAACAUCAUUUGAUUAUCAUCCAAUUGAAUUUACAUCGGAAAAAAUUCGAACAUCAACUAAAGAAUAUGUUGAUCGAGAUCCACGACAAGAUCCUAAUGUACAAAUACCAUGGAAUUUAGAUGAUCGUUUAUGUGAUCGACGAUCUUACCAUGGUACAUAUAAAAUUAUUGGACGUGUACCACAAAAUCCAUGUGGACGAACGGGUAUUACUGGACGAGGACAUCUUGGUCAUUUUGGACCAAAUCAUGCUGCUGAUCCAAUUGUAACACGAUGGAAACGUGAUGAAAAUGGUCAAGAAAUAAUUCAUCCAUCAACAAGAAAACCAAUUUUACAAUUUGUUGCUAUACGUCGUAAAGAUACAAAUGAACUUGCUAUACCAGGUGGAAUGGUUGAUAAAAAAGAAAAAGUUACUGAUACAUUACAACGUGAAUUUCAAGAAGAAACACUUAAUUUUCCAGAUUUAGAUGAACGUAGUAAACAUAAUUUAUUAGCAACAAUUAAAGAUAUAUUUGAAAAUGGUGGAAUUAGAAUUUAUUGUGGUUAUGUUGAUGAUCCAAGAAAUACCGAUAAUAGCUGGAUGGAAACAACAGCAUACAAUUUUCAUGAUGGAAAAAAUGAACAUCUUGCAAAAAUUAAUGUUCAUGGUGGUAGUGAUGCAUUAUGUGCUUUUUGGCAUGAUCUCAGUGGUGAAGUAUCAUUAUUUGCUAGCCAUUCCGAAUUCCUUCAAAGAGUUGCCGAUAUUCAUCGUGCUCAUUGGUAA